AGUGAGUAGAUUCCACGAAAAUUCAUUUUAUAUACCAAGACUUUGAGAAGAAAAAUAAGUGGGCCGUGAAAAUUGUGUCGCAGCGAUCGAGAAGUGUAGCCGCAGCCACACACAAAUCCAAGACUUAAUAAUGGCGGAUGAAGUGAUCCACGUAUUCUGGGAGGAAGGAAUGCUGAGGCAUGAUGCGGGUCGGGGCGUAUUCGACUCGGGUUUGGAUCCGGGAUUCCUGGAUGUGCUGGAAGCCCACCCGGAGAACGCGGGGCGGGUCAAGAACAUGGUUUCCAUCCUCAAACGGGGCCCCAUCGCCCCAUUUCUCUCUUGGCAUCAAGGCCGUCGCGCCCUCAUCUCCGAAUUGCUCUCUUUCCACACCCAAGAAUAUAUAGAUGAGCUAGUCGAGGCAGACAGAAGCGGGGGCAAGGACUUCGGUGGUGGAACGUUCUUAAACCCCGGAUCAUGGGACUCUGCGCUCCUUGCUGCCGGAACCACUCUGUCAGCGAUGAAACACAUACUUGAUGGGAAUGGAAAGGUUUCGUAUGCAUUGGUUCGGCCUCCAGGUCAUCAUGCUCAGCCUACCCGGGCAGACGGAUAUUGUUUUCUGAACAAUGCAGGUCUUGCAGUGGAAUUAGCUCUGAGCUCCGGGGUUAGCAAAGUUGCCGUCAUUGAUAUAGAUGUGCACUAUGGAAACGGGACUGCUGAGGGCUUCUAUCGCUCGAAUAGGGUCCUCACUAUCUCACUUCAUAUGAAUCACGGGUCGUGGGGCCCUUCACACCCGCAAGAUGGAACCGUGGGUGAGCUAGGUGAAGGGGAGGGCUAUGGUUAUAACCUGAAUAUACCCCUGCCUAAUGGAUCUGGGAAUCGAGGGUAUGCGCAUGCGGUGACUGAAUUAGUCGUGCCUGCUAUCGAGAGAUUCGAUCCUGAGAUGAUGGUUCUUGUCGUUGGCCAAGAUUCUAGCGCUUUUGAUGCAAAUGGGAGGCAGUGCUUGACUAUGGAAGGGUAUAGGAGAAUCGGGCAGAUAGUCGGGGAAAUGGCCGAGAAGCAUAGUGCAGGGCGCGUCCUGAUCGUGCAAGAGGGCGGUUACCAUCUUACUUAUUCGGCUUAUUGUCUGCACGCCACGCUUGAAGGUGUGCUCGGCUUCCCGGCUCCUCUGCUGUCCGAUCCCCUUGGUUGCUAUCCCGAAGACGAGGCUUUCACCGUAGCUGUCGUUCAAUCCAUAAACAAGUUUCACCGAGAAAGCGUCGUCCCGUUUCUAAAGUAAGUCGACAUGUCUUUCAUCUUCAUCAUGCUUUGCAAUUCCCCUUCACUUGUAUGUUCAAACAAGCAUGUUUGCUUAUGUUAAGCUCAAAGUCAUGUUUUGUGUUAAUCCGUUAAUCUUGGUGUUGUAUUUGAUCAAUUAACGAAAUUAUAGGCAAAAUCAGAGCCUCAAAUGUACCAUUAACUAAAGUAGCAAAGCAAAUGGGUAUCAAUUUCUACUUAUUGCAA